AUGGGAUCCAAUGCUGCAGUCUGGUGUCUCAUCACCUCCCUCUUUCUCUCUCUGCAAUAUUUCUCUUCCUUUGCCAACCCCAUCGAUUCUUUGGACCUUCUGAUUCACUCCUACGCCCUCAAUGCGCUGGUCAACCAGCGGCGCCCGCGCACGGGGGCGCUCUACAACGCCACCCUCCCGGCCAGCCUUGCAGGGAUGAAGCUCUCAGUCGUGCGGCUUCGAAGCAAGACGCUCUGGCGAAAAGGCGCAAAUUUCAGCAACUUUCAUAUCCCGCCAAAGACUCUCCCAGUGCCGUAUGUUAAAAGGGUGGCCAUAGUUUGCCACGAUCUUGGGAACUGGUCGUCUGAGUAUUUCAAUCUGUCAGUGCCAUCAGGGUACUCCCUGCUCACAUCUGUCGUAGGUUUCAUGAUAUACGAUUCCUCGUCCAAACAUCUGAACCUUAAAAACCUCACACGCCUCGACCUUAACAUCACAGCGGGACAGCCUAUAUCCAUUGAGUUCAAGAACGUGUCAACUGGGACGAUGCGGGGAAACACAAAAAUAUGUGCAACGUUUGAUGGUAAAGGGAAAGUGGUGUUUCUGAGUGGUUUGGGGGUUCCUAAUGUGUGCUAUACGAGAAACCUGCAAGGCCGCCAUUAUUUUUGUGUGAUUAAGAAGAGGAAGGUGGAGGGUAGGUGGGGGUUUUGGGUGAUUGGAUUUGGUGUUGGAGUUGUUGGGCUGGGUGCUGCAGGGCUGGCUGGGAAAUUCUUGCAUGGGAUUGUUAAGGCGAAGAAGAAUUGUGAAAUGGAGAAAGAAGCAGAGGAGGGUGAGUUGAUGGAGAGCAUUUGGAUCUAUAACAGCACUAAAAUGCCUCGAGCUAUGGUCACAAGAACUCAUCCUGCACCAGUCAUCGAUAAUUCAAGUAUUCAUUAG